UGCCCACGAGUAAAGAUGUUGAUAACGUUGUGUUACGUGUACCUCUGGGUGCGUUUUCACAAAUUCUAUUCAGUGUUGAUUCGCAACAGACUCUUAACGCUGGACAGCAGCAGAAGCUUGAGUUUCAGACGAAGUUCCCGUUCGUCAUCAGUCCUACCGACGGCACCCCAGUUCGUUGCUCAAUGCCAUCACUCGCCCGAAGACAUCUUUUUGGAGCUGGGAGACAAGUCGGUCACUGAGGCUGAACUUAAGGCAUGUGAUGACAUCAUCAAAUGGAAUGUUUUAUCGGGAUCUGCUGACAUUUGUGGUCCACAAAUAGACAACAUUUCAUUUAUCAUAGAAGCAGCUGGACAAAAUGGUAGCCAGAUAACUCCAAACAUGGCACUUCAACUUUUACAGGUGCUGAAGUGGUCGGAUGUUUGUCGACCUCUGGCUUUCAGCCCCGGCCAGCCGUUUAGCGCAGUGGCUCAGGCUAAUUUUGAUGAUUUCAGUCGACUGGCUGUCGCAUUCUUAGAGGAUCGCCUACAACUGGAUAAUGGACUUGCACCAUCAAAAAUCAUCCCCAUCAUCCUCCAUGGAUCCAUUCUUGGUGAGGUGAUUCAAUGUCCACUGAAGCCCAUCAAGGUAAACUCAAUGCUCACAGACAACACCCAGGGUGAAAAAGGUCAGCCUUUGCCUUGUCCAUACUCCCAGCACCUUCAGUGCAGUCAAAGCAAUGUACCUCUUACCAUUUAUGCAAAGGAGUUAGAAGAACAAAGCGGAUUAGGACCAACGUGCUGCAGUCAGGAUCAAGGCACUGACUCUGAGGAUCAUUUCUUGGAGAAUUGUCACCACAUGGAAAGCCACGGGCAAUCGCUACAUCUGUCAAACUGCCAUGAAUGCCUGGAGCUAGAAAAUAGCACGAUAGUUUCUGUCAAAUAUUCUUCCGCAGAGAACAUUUCAGAUAUCUCUCAUGAUCACUCACUUUAUUCUGAUAGUGAGGAUGAGACGUUUGAUGACUUUAAACAUGAUGUCAAAAAUGAUUCCUGCAAGAGCUAUGGACUUGACAACAAACCGCCAAAUAUUCUAGUAUACACAAAUGGCAGGAACGAGCGUUUUCAAGCAGUUCAUCAGAUUUUAACACAGUGUCUAAACACGGAAAAAUACAUUAUCUAUUGCCUUCAGCCACAAGAAGUUUUAAGUCAACCCUGGUUGGAAAAUACCAGGCUCCUGGUUCUCGCAGAGGACAACGUGCUAACUCCCCAGCUUCACACAAGAUUUAUGAACUACCUGAGACAAGGUGGAAAGGUCCUUGGGCUCGCUUCCUCACUGUGCCCUAAAGGUAUCUCUCUAGAAACAAAGGACCAACAACUUGGCCAAAGGCGUAGGCUGAGCUUCACCUGUAAGGAUGGCACAGAACUUGAACUAAGCGUUUUUACAAGUGGGAAGGUCUUUGUCAAAGAUUUCCCGGAACAAGUGAAAUUGGACCUCUGGGGGGAGCUAAAAGAAGGUCCCCAUAAAAAGGAUAUGGUUAUCAUCAGCGUAACCGACGGAGAGGAUGGGGGUCAAGCUGUCUUGUGUCAGAUUCAUCUGGAAAAAACACCACACUUCCAGAACUUUUCGACUAAAAUUUCUUAUGGUUUCGAGGUCAACGAUGCACUACAUUGUCAAGUCUUGACAGAGAUAUUGACUUCUCUUGGCCUUAGUUGCCAGCAAAACCAAGCCCCAGCACCAAGUCCAGUGUACCUUCUGGCCACAUCUCAGGAGACCAAAUCAGAGUUUCUUCAGUGGCUACACACUCACAUUAAUGAUGAUGGCCUUAUCCUGAUGUCAAAGGCCUCCCUCAGAAUGAAGCGUGGUACUGGGGCUUUUCUGCACGACGGCUCUGUUUUUCUCAUCCCUGACUCGACUGAGUCAUCAAACUGGGACCAUUUCUGUCUGGAUACCUAUCGCAAUAACUUAACAUCCGUUGUGCUGGGGCAUACAUUGCUGUAUGCAGAGGUUGUUUCAUCGACCAUGGAUCUGGUUGAAGGACUGAAUCUGCAUUUACCAGAGAAUGUCGGCCUGAUUGUCAUAGCUGCUCAACAGAGUCAGGGCAGAGGGCGGGGAAGAAAUGCCUGGCUGAGCCCUCUGGGCUGUGCCAUGUUCACGCUAUGUGUUCAGAUAAAGCUGAGUUCAAGGCUUGGACAGAAGAUUUCCUUUCUGCAACACCUGGCAGCUCUUGCUGUAGUUGAAGCUGUGCGUACACUUCCAGGAUAUGAGGACAUUGACCUACGGCUAAAGUGGCCCAAUGACAUCUACUACAGCAACAUUAUGAAGCUUGGAGGAGUUCUUGUGACUUCCACUGUAAUGGGUUCAACCUUUCAUCUACUAAUAGGCUGUGGUGUCAAUGUGAGCAACAGUAAUCCAACAGUGUGCAUCAACGAUCUGAUCCAGCAGUACAACAUUCAGCACAAUUGCAACCUGCAACCCCUUGACUGUGCGCAGUUUAUUGCUCGGACAGUCAGCUGCCUUGAGGCCCUCAUGGACUGCUUUCAACACGGUGGCGCAGAGACAAUCCUGCCAGUUUACUACAAGAGAUGGCUUCACAGUGGCAGUGUGGUGCAUCUUUGGAGCGAGGAUGGACCUGAAGCUGAGGUUGUGGGUCUCGAUAGCAAUGGCUUUUUACAAGUUCACAGUAAAAAGCACGGUAUUGUUUCAGUGGAGCCUGACGGAAACUCUUUUGACAUGAUGAAGAACCUAGUCAUCACGAAACAACAUUAA